ACAAGUGAAAUAAUUGGUAUUAAUAUCGAUUACAACUUGUUUUACUCGCUGAUCGUAAGCAUCGUAAAUAAGUCGAUAGAAAUUUUUCUCAACGCAGUGCGCGUCUAGGAAGAUAUAUCAAAUGUAUACGUCUGCCAAAUUUUGUUAUAAUUUUUCAAUCUACCUGUAGAAAGCCGUAAGCCAAAUCGGAAUUACAUGUAAAUUGGUUGGUCAUGGAUAAAAAGGAUCCUUCAUCUUGGAAACACCGAUUUUUAAGCAUUUUCGGUGCUUCAUCAAAACAUUUAAAUUCCACUCAACAGCAAAGGUCUGAUACAGUUGGGCCACCUGUGUCUACAAGCAUCGAAUCGGCCGUUGAAGCAGUUUAUGAAAGCACCUCUGCAGUUCGGCCUGAAAAAAGUGUCAAUUCUCAAGAACAGCGUGAGUCUACCGUGUCGCAAAGGUUGCAUGUUCCCCAAGCCAGUGUUCCGAAUAGUGCGAGCAACGCUGCUCCGAAUAAUUAUCCUAAACCAGUUCCACGACGUUCGAAAACUGGUCAACUUAAUGAUUCAUUUACCGUUGAAACCCUCUAUGGAAUGCCAAGAAGCGUUAUCGAUGGCGGUGAUCGAAUGAGUCGACAAAAUUCGGAUAAGGAAAAAGCAAGGCCGAACGUCAAUCAAAAAUUUUGUAAUUCCGUUAGUGAAGGUGUCGCGAGCGGAGGCAAACUAGAAGCCAGCCGCAAUUACAGUCAAUCGAAUUUGAAUCUAGAUAAAGAAACCACACAGAAUGAUAGUCGGAAUCAACACAAUGCCACAAUGCUAGCACCAAAAUCAUCGCAGACAAGUGGUCCGAGCAGUAAUGUGAACAGAGGUCUAACGAAUCAGAAUCUGCACCAAGCUAUAAUGUUUCGAGGAUUACAGCAAUCUCGGUCUGAAAAACUUCAGCAAGAAGAAGCAGCAUUACGAAAAUUGCAUGAUCUCGAAGCCCGUAUUCGGAAUAGUGAUAGCAACGCUGCUCCGAAUAAUUAUCCCAAACCAGUUCAACGACCUUCGGCUACUGGUCAACUGAAUGAUUUAUUUAUCAUUGAAACCCUCUAUGGAAUGCCAAGAAGCGUUAGCGAUCGAAUGAGUCGACAAAGUGCGGAUGAUUCUUAUCAAAAUAAGGCCAAAGCAGGUCCGAACGUCAAUCAAACAUUUCGUAAUUAUGUUAGUGAGGGCAAACCAGAAGUCAGCCGCAGUCAACAAUCGAAUUUGAAUCUAGAUAAAGAAAUCACACAACAGCCACAUCGUUCUCCGACUCCGACUUCACAAUACCCAGCGAGCGAUGUAUUCCAACAGCCACAUCGUUCUCGUGCGCAAAAUGAUGUUAGUCGGAAUCAACAGAAUGCCACAAUGGCAGCACCAAAAUCAUCGCAGCCAAGUGGUUCGAGCAACAAUGGCAACAGAGGCCGAACAAAUAAGAAUCCGCACCAAGCUACAAAGUCGCGAGGAUCACAGAAAUCUCACACUGACCGUGCUGGGAACACAGGCCAAACGAACCGGCAUCAGCAGCAUGCUUCAGUACGUCAAACUUCGCACCAAUCUGACAGCAAUGUAGAAACCGGAAAUUUAUAUCAGCCAAAGCGACCCCAAACGCGUGGUACAACGAAACAAGCUUCUCAUGGCUCUGGUACCGAUAAGAGAGAUCAUAACAAACCAAACAAACCGCAUCAAGCAAGAAGUGCAGGUGCAGGUCCGAAUCCUGGUAGUGGAACGAAUCAGCGUCGCGAAGGCAACCAGCGAACGUACUUCGGAUUCAAGAAAUUCGAAAAUUAUCUGAAAAGUCCUGCGGAUUCAGUUGUGAUCUCCUUGCAUUUGGAAAUGGAAGCGUUCGAAAGCUUUUUGAAAGAGCCCAGGGCAUAUGAAGGAGGCACGUUCGGAAUGUUGCUGGAGGUUCUGAGUGAAAAAGUGUUUUCGGAUGAAUGCAAUUUGGUCAACUAUCAGAACGACAUCGUUCGACUCAUUGCUUAUCCCGAAAUAAUGAACCGUUUCCGUGACAAAUGCCUGACUGUGGACGACUCCAAGUUCAAGUUCAUUUUUAAUGUGGCGGAUUUCUUGAAACGACGCAUGCCCGUUUCUGCUGCAGACAGUUUAAUGGGGCUGGUGACCCUAUGCGUUAGCAGGCUGUUGAUGAUCAAAGACAAUCCAAAAUAUGGGACGCUUCUCGAACAAUUCCAAGAGUUGUUUAAGUCUCUUCACGAAAAGCGACAGCAAGAAGAAGCGGAAGUGAUAGCCAGAAAACCACUUUCACGUGGGAAAUUCACAGACUACGACUUGAAAUCGUUCGAUAAACUGAAACCACCGGAUGACUUCCGAAACAUACCGAUAAUUCCUACGAUGGAAGAACUAUUGUCGUCCGAGCCGUCGUUCUUGCGACCGAAUAAACAAGCAGGCUCGUACGCAGAUGCCGAUCAUUACCUGGAUGUACAGUUUCGUUUGCUUCGGGAGGAUUUCCUACAGCCUUUAAAGCAAGGUAUUCAGGAGUAUUUGUCGUUGAGAAAAACGACGAAUAAUCCGAGAAUGCCCAAAGGUUCACCGAUUCGAGUGUAUUACAAAGUGAAGUGUCUCACCGCCGAAGUAAAGUUUGAGAAUCUUAACUACUGGAUCGAAUUGCCGACGGACUAUUCCAAAAUCAAUUGGGAUAAAUCCAAAAGACUUCUACCGGGCAACUUGGUGCUGCUGACGAAAAAUAGCGCAUCGCUUGAUUCAGUUGUGUUUGCUACUGUUGGUUUCCGAAAUGAUGAUGAUCUCAAAAAGCAUCGAAAGCUCACCAUAAUACCGGAAAAAGCACAGUCACGCAUCGCUGAUGUUCUUUGUGACGAAACCGAUUUACUGCUGAUCGAAUCCGAAGUUUAUUGGGAAUCGUUCAGGCACGUUUUAAAAACGGCUCAAAAUCUGAAUCUGAGCACUUUUCCCCUGGCGAAAUACAUUGUGAGCGCUUGCAACAACGUUGAACCUCCGCCGUCACUCGUGGAACAGCGUUUUGAUGAUGGGGACGUCGCGACCACGAUCAGAUUGUGCUUCCAACAAAGAUAUUUUGCCGUCCAUCCGUUUGUUAGCAGAACCUGGCCACUGGAUGCAACCAUUGGACUCGAUGCAAAUCAAUUUGACGCUUUCAAAGCUGCUCUAACUAAACAAUUUGUCAUCAUUCAAGGACCGCCUGGAACGGGGAAAACUUAUGUCGGUCUUCGUAUCGCCGAAGUAAUCCUACAGAAUCCACAGCUGCGGACGGGACGAAAGGAGCAUGAUGUGGAUGAUUUGGCAGUGCAGUCGGAAUACAGAGGACCGUUGCUUUGCAUCUGCUAUACUAAUCACGCGUUGGAUCAGUUCUUGGAGGGCAUACUGAACAUAAUGAACCGUCACGAAAUGGAUCCGAAAAUAGUGCGCGUGGGAGGAAGAAGUAAGUCGGAGGUUUUACGCGAGUUUAAUUUACGUGAUAUGGCUAGAAGGACAAACCGACAGUUAGGUGGAUUGCAGCGGAGAGAACUGAACGACCUCGAAAGGGAUAUGAAGCAAAACGAAAGAUCAAUCCGAAAUCUCAAGCAAAUUGCCGCCGAAUUGCAAUGGCCUACUGGAAUCAUCAAAUUUGAGUCAAUUGACGAUCAGAUCUAUCAAACGUUGUGCUCCGAAUUCUCGUCGCAACUAUUGGACAAAUUGAGUUCUCCGUCUUUUUUCAAACUCAGUAACUCCGAUGUGUACAACAUCACCGAAGGCAGUGCUAUUGACGCCGUCAAGAAAUGGUUCGAAUAUUUGCAAGUGAACGCGAAUAAGAAUGCAAAAGGUCGCAAAGCCCAGAAAGACAAUAGCCAAGCUGAGACGCCGAGUGAGGAAGCAUACGCGGAUGUAGGGGAAGAAGAAUUCUAUGACAUGGAUGAACUGAUGGAGCACCGAAUGAUUUUUGAUGAUGUCGUCGACCAUGCUGAAAUAGAAGCGCAAUUCGAGCAUAGCAAUAGUGUCGGUCGGUACCAUGGAAAAGAGAUGAGCAUCCCGCAUUCAACGUUUUUGUUGAAGGAAUAUGAAAGAAAUAUUCAACGAAAUGUCAUCCAUGACAAAGACUCAAUGGCUGUCGCUAAUACGAAGCGACGCAAUGUUGCUCAGGUUCGCGAAAGUGUUUUUGUUGAACAGAAGCGGCUGGAUGUGUUGGUGGAAAUUUUUGCUUGUCUGAACGAAAAUCGUGUCAAGAUCCCCGAUGUUGCAGCAAAACUGGAAACGUUGAGACGCUUCAAUACAACGGACUCUAUAAAUGUCGUCGACAAGACUUUGCCACUGGUCGCACAGAGAUAUGCUGCAUACUUGAUUGUAGCCAAACGGGCCAAGCACUUAAUGAACGAAACCGUACGAGGUCUUGAAGAAAAGUUGAUCGAAAGCGCCGAAACCAUUGCUCAAUUGAAGCGUCAACAUGAAGUGGAAAUUUUGAAGAAUGCUGACGUUGUGGGUAUGACUACGACUGGCGCUGCAAAGUUUCAUGAUCUCCUGGCAAAGAUGAAGUGUCGGAUCGUUAUCGUUGAAGAAGCCGCCGAAGUGCUGGAAGCGCACAUUGUCACUUCGUUGACCAAAUACACCGACCAUUUGAUAUUGAUUGGCGAUCAUCAACAAUUGAAGCCGAGCACGGCCGUCUACGAACUGUCCAAGAAAUAUGACUUGGACGUGUCGUUGUUCGAAAGAAUGAUCAAUAAUCACAUGACGUGCUAUUCACUGCUGGCUCAGCAUCGAAUGCGACCCGACAUCGCCGACCUUAUCCGUGGUUCAAUUUACGCUAAUUUGGACGAUGCUCGGAAUGUUCACCAGUACGAAUGCAUUAAAGGGAUGUCGAACAGUCUAUUCUUCUUAACCCACGAAAAACUUGAAGAAUCGGAAGGUGAUUCGAUGAGUAAAUUGAAUGAAUUCGAAGCUGAUUACCUAGCUGGUCUGGCUGGAUACUUGCUGAAACAAGGAUACCUCCCAUCAUCGAUUACUGUGCUGACGACUUACACUGGCCAACUGUUUCUGCUCAAGUCGAAAUUCCGGACAUCGGAGAGCCUGAAGUCAAUUCACAUUACGUGCGUUGACAAUUUUCAAGGCGAGGAGAACGAGAUAAUUUUACUGUCGUUGGUUCGCAGCAAUUUGGAUGGUAAAAUGGGAUUUUUAAGUAUAAGCAAUCGGGUCUGCGUCGCUCUCAGUCGCGCAAAGAAAGGCCUUUACGUCAUCGGGAACAUGAAAAUGCUCUCCAAGCAAACAAUCUGGUCACAAAUCAAUGCCAAGCUGGAACAGAAGAAACAAAUCGGACCCAAAAUGACAGUCGUGUGUCAACGGCAUCAAACCCACAGUGACAUAGCGAAGGGAGAGGAUUUCAUCAAAAAAUGUCCGGAAGGAGGUUGCUCGAAAGUAUGCGGGCUGUUAAUGAAAUGCCAUCACCUUUGUCCAAGAUUUUGCCACGCUCAAGAUCUGCAACACGAAAACUAUCGAUGCAGGGAGCUGUGCAGAAAAUUUUGCCCUAGUGGACAUCCUUGUAUGCUCGUAUGUCACUUUGGCACAGAUUGCUUACCGUGCAGAGUCAAAGUGGAUAAGCCGCGCUCUUGUGGCCACAACAUAUCGGUCGACUGUCAUCGAUCCGCUGAGGACGAGUUUUGUCGCACUCAAAUCAAACGGCUGCUGAAAUGCGACCAUGAAGUGAUCGUUUUUUGUAGCCAAAAAAUGGAUGAUUGGCUGUGCCGUAAGAUCGUGGAUAAAGUUCUAACCUGCGGCCACGAAUCGAAACUGAUGUGUCACGUUGAUCCGGAUACGUACAGGUGUAACAUCGAAGUGAGAAAGGAACUUCCUUGCACUCACUACAGGAAUAUGAAAUGUUUUGAACAACCGGCGGUCUCGAUGUGUAAAACACUUGUGGACAGGGAGCUUCCUUGUGGUCAUAACCAAAAAAUGGAAUGCCGACUUGAUCCGAAAGAAGCCACUUGUGCGGUGAAGGUGACCGCGACGUUGGAUUGUGAGCAUACGGUUGUUGUGCCAUGUUUCCGGAAGACAAACGGUAAAAUCGACUGUGUGGAAUUAUGCGAAGAACGUUUGAGCUGCGGCCAUUCAUGCCCUCAGAAGUGUCACUACUAUAAGGAUCGCCAUCACGACAAAUUUCAAUGCAAGAAACCGUGCUCUAAAUCGUGUGCCAACGGUCAUCCAUGCAAGACAAACCAUACGUGUUCAUCGCAAUGUAAAAAGUGCAGAACGAUUGUUGAACGUGCACAUCCAAUUUGCGGUCAUAUCGGGAAGAUACCUUGCUGUGAUUCGUCAACGGAGUUCCAGUGCCAAGAGCAGUGCACUAAAGUGUUACCCUGCGGUCACUCAUGUGGCAAGAAAUGCUGUGAGCCGUGUGGUCCAUGCCGGGUACCGACAUCAAAGUCAACACCGAUUUGUGGUCCUGGUCAUAAACAAACGGUCCCAUGCAAUGAAAGUCCCACCAUCGAAAAUUGCAAAGAGAAAGUCCAAAUAUUAAGCACUCUGUGCGGACAUGAAAUCACCGUUGCAUGCAACAUGCGAUCUGCAUCGUCUGUGGAGAUCCAAUCACAUUGCACUAAGCCGUGCGGUUUUACAUUUCCCGGUGAAAAUGGAUGCGGACAUAAGUGUUCGGGUACGUGCAGCUCUUGUUGCAUGGGUACUCUGCAUCAAAAAUGCUUAGAUAAAUGUUUGAGGCCGUUGAUAUGCGGUCAUCUCUGUGACUUCCCAUGCUCCAGGAACUGUCCUCCGUGUAAGAAGCGCUGCCAAAUGAAAUGCGAACAUUCGAAAUGUAAGAAGAUGUGCGGUGACGCUUGUUUCAUCUGCAAGGAACGGUGCAGCUGGCAAUGUAAACACGUGCGGUGCAAAAAUUUAUGCGGCGAAAUGUGCGAUCGUGGUCCUUGCAACGAGCCAUGUGACAAAAAGUUACGUUGUGGCCAUGCGUGCAUCGGUUUCUGUGGGGAAAUGUGUCCGCCACUGUGUCGCAUUUGCGAUUUGGCUGAACUAACCGAAUUCCAAUUGCUGUUCACGGAAGACGAGGAGGACGCUCGGUUCAUAUGGCUGCCGGACUGCAAACAUGCGAUUGAAGUCGAAGGAUUGACGAUGCAUUUCAAUGCCACUGAUGAAACUGGUGAAAUUGGCCUGAAGAAGUGCCCACGAUGUACGACUGUCAUAAGGACAUUGUCUGGAAGAUUCGGAAAUAUAAUUCGGAAAACGUUCCGUGAUGUUGCUCAGGUGAAAAAGAACUUUUUCGGAAAUCGGCAUCAGAACCAAAAAUUAACGGAGGAGAUCCAUCAAAAUCUGCAAUUGGAAGCUACCAGUCUGGUGAAUUUCCUGCCCUCCGUGAAGGCUCUCUUCGAGAUGAUCAUAUAUUUCGAUGACAAGAGCGCAACCGCGAAACUGCGUCAGGUGGACAUAAACACUCUGAACAGUUUGAAGCAGAUUUGGGUUUGGGUCAAGGAAGUUCUGAAGAACGUGUCCGAUUAUUCGAGUGUCGUAAUAAAGAGCGACUGCGAUUCACUGUUCGCUAACAUCACGAACAGACCGCUGCCGUUAUGUUCUUUUGAAGUCGAUAAUAUCGGCAGUGAGAUUCAACGGCUCGUUCAUAAGAUCCAAUUCAAUCGUCGCUGGGAAACGGCCUCCCAUACGACCAGGGAACGUUCGAAUGCUAAAGAUCUGCACGCAAAAAUUUCGGCUAUUUUGCGUUCGAAAGGAAUCUACGACGAAAAAUGUCAACGAAAAUUCAUUGACUACAUUAAGGACCUGGAAAAGCUGUUGAAAACCGGCAUAGGCAUUUCCGAAGGUGAACGCUUGCAAAUAAUCAAGGCGCUGGACAUGAAGCAAGGUCACUGGUUUAAAUGUCCCAACGGACAUCCGUAUAUCAUUACAGAGUGUGGUGGGGCGAUGCAAGUUGCUAAAUGUUACGAAUGUGGUGCAAACAUUGGUGGUGGCAAUCACGCAUUGUUAGCAACCAAUCAAUUUGCUCCGGAAAUGGAUGGUGCCGCGCGUCCAGCAUGGGAUUCAGUAAUGGUUCCCCAGAAUUUCGGAUUAUAAAUCAUUUUGAACUGUUGAAGUGUUUGAGUUGGUUGAAGUGUUUGUUGAACCAUAGCAUCACAGGAUCAUUCACAUUUUGUUCCAUAUUUUCUUUACCAUUUUUUUUUUUUGUUCAAUAAAUA